CAUACAUAUGUAAACUCUAAAGAGUAAAGUGGCCCAAUGCCAUGACCAUCUAAAAUCUAGCCCUUAACAUCAGUUCAAUUUUCUCAGACCUACACUCUUCUCUCUCCCUCUCUCUCUGCAAUCUCGUGUGUGUGUGUGUUCCGGCAAAACUCAGCGAAAAUGGGUAUCAUUGAGAGGAUCAAAGAAAUUGAAGCCGAAAUGGCUCGAACCCAGAAAAACAAAGCCACAGAGUAUCAUCUUGGGCAGCUCAAGGCCAAGAUAGCAAAACUUAGGACACAGUUGCUGGAGCCUCCAAAAGGUUCUAGUGGAGGUGGAGAGGGAUUUGAAGUUACGAAAUUCGGCCAUGGACGUGUUGCACUGAUUGGAUUUCCAAGUGUCGGGAAGUCAACUCUCUUGACAAUGUUAACAGGCACACAUUCAGAAGCUGCAUCUUAUGAGUUCACGACUCUGACCUGCAUCCCUGGGAUUAUACAUUAUAAUGAUACUAAAAUUCAGUUGCUUGAUCUUCCUGGAAUUAUUGAGGGUGCUUCUGAAGGCAAGGGACGUGGGAGACAGGUUAUUGCUGUUGCUAAAUCUUCGGACAUAGUGCUGAUGGUUCUUGAUGCCUCCAAAAGUGAGGGUCAUAGGCAAAUAUUAACCAAGGAGCUUGAGGCUGUGGGCUUGCGUUUAAACCAGCGACCACCUCAAAUAUAUUUUAAAAAGAAAAAGACAGGAGGCAUUUCAUUCAACAGUACUAUGCCUUUGACUCAUGUAGAUGAGAAGCUUUGCUAUCAGAUUCUGCAUGAGUACAAAAUUCACAAUGCAGAGAUUCUUUUCCGUGAGGAUGCCACAGUGGAUGAUCUCAUUGAUGUCAUUGAAGGAAAUCGUAAAUACAUGAAGUGUGUAUAUGUCUACAACAAGAUAGAUGUUGUUGGUAUUGAUGAUGUGGACAGAUUAGCCCGUCAACCUAAUUCUGUUGUCAUUAGUUGCAAUUUGAAGCUGAACUUAGACAGACUACUUUCGAGGAUGUGGGAUGAAAUGGGUCUGGUUAGAGUUUAUACAAAACCUCAAGGCCAGCAGCCUGAUUUCGCUGAGCCUGUGGUUUUAUCUGCUGAUAGAGGUGGCUGCACUGUAGAAGACUUCUGCAACCACAUACACAGAAGUUUGGUGAAGGACGUGAAGUAUGUGCUGGUCUGGGGAACAAGUGCUAGGCACUACCCACAACAUUGUGGCCUUGCUCAUUAUCUUAAUGAUGAGGAUGUGGUUCAGAUUGUCAAGAAAAAGGAAAGAGAUGAGGGAGGAAGGGGUCGAUUCAAGUCGCAUUCCAAUGCUCCUGCGCGGAUAUCUGACAGAGAGAAGAAGGCUCCACUGAAGACAUAAUUUUGUAUGGCACUACCAAUGUUUUCAUUGAUUUGCCUGGUGGAUGGGAAAAAUGACUAGAGGCUGGAUGAUAAAUCCAAAAGCAGAGAUGGUCUUUUCUUAAUUCCUCUUCCAAUAUGAGAUUGAAUGCUCCUCCUUUGUGCUUUACUAAGGAGGGCACCUGUGUUUUGGUCACCCAUGUGUUGUAAUUUUUUAACCCUCUUAUAAUCUUUGUUAGUCUAUGAAGUCGGCAUCAAUAACAUGAGUGGAAAUAGAAAGGAAACGUGCAUUGCAUCUUCAGAAUUUA